AUGUCUUCUUAUGCUAACCUUCUCCCUACCAAUGGGAAGUGGAAACAACAAAUCACCGACUACCUUCAGGAAGAUGUCCCUAGCUUUGACUUUGGUGCAUUUGUAGUUGGUGAUAAAUUGGAAACUGCAAAUCUUUACAUGAAGCAAGUCGGAGUUAUAUCAGGAAUCCCGUUCGCCAAGGAAGUUUUCAAACAAUGUGAGCUCGAAGUUGACUGGAAAUUUGAAGAGGGAACUGUAGUCUCGGCAGCAUUGCUUGCUGAACAUAACGGUAAGCUCGUAGUCGCUGUAGUCAAGGGAGCUGCGAACAAAAUCUUGUUAGCAGAACGUACUGCUUUGAACUUGAUGGCCAGACUGUCAGGGAUUGCCACACAAUCUCGUUUGACUAAGGAUCUUGCAGAUUCGGUAGGUUACACAGGGUUGAUCGCAGGAACUAGAAAGACUACCCCAGGUCUCAGACUAUUGGAGAAGUACUCCAUGCUUGUAGGUGGUGUUGAUACUCAUAGAUAUGACUUAUCUUCCAUGGUUAUGCUCAAGGAUAACCAUAUCACCUCCACUGGUAGUAUAACAAAGGCUGUUAAGGCAGCCAGAUCUGUAUGUGGGUUUGCCAUUAAGGUCGAGGUCGAGGUCUCUACAGAGGAGGAUGCUCGUGAAGCCAUUGAUGCUGGUGCUGACGUUAUCAUGUUGGAUAACUUUAAGGGCGCUGAAUUGCAGAAAGUAGCUAAGAGCUUGAAAGCUUUCUAUGCAGCUCAACCAACUUCAAAGUCAUUCUUACUUGAAUGCUCCGGAGGGUUGACCUUAAACAACUUAUCUGGCUAUCUCUGUAACGAUAUUGAUAUUUACUCCACGAGUUCUAUCCACCAAGGUACUGGGAUUGUUGACUAUUCAUUGAAAAUUAAUUAG